AGCACCCCCUCCCCAUUCCCAAAGGCCCUCAAUUGGACCCUCUCAGCGCCCCUACAAGGUUUGUGACCAGGCUGUGAGGGUUUUUAAUUGCCUCCUUGGUUGGAGGAGAUGGGUGCCCCCAUCGGCACACUGUCCUUUGGCCACCGGACAUCAUGCCUCCCAAGAAGGAUGUUCCAGUGAAGAAACCAGCAGGGCCCCCCAUCUCCAAACCUACUGCCAAGCCAGCAGCAGGGGCCCCUCCAGUCAAGACUAAGGCUGAGCCAGCUGUUCCCCAAGCCUCUCAGAAAACCCAGGAUCCCCCUAUCGAUCUCUCCAAAGUUGUGAUCGAGUUUAACAAGGACCAGCUGGAGGAGUUCAAAGAAGCAUUUGAGCUGUUUGACCGAGUAGGAGAUGGCAAGAUCCUGUACAGCCAGUGUGGGGAUGUGAUGAGGGCUCUGGGCCAGAACCCCACCAACGCCGAGGUGCUCAAGGUCCUAGGGAACCCCAAGAGUGACGAACUGAAGUCCCGGCGUGUGGACUUUGAGACUUUCCUGCCUAUGCUCCAGGCAGUGGCCAAGAACCGGGACCAAGGCACAUAUGAAGACUACUUGGAGGGGCUUCGUGUGUUUGACAAGGAGGGGAAUGGCAAAGUCAUGGGAGCAGAACUCAGACAUGUCCUCACCACCCUGGGGGAGAAGAUGACUGAGGAGGAGGUGGAGACUGUUCUGGCAGGACAUGAGGACAGCAAUGGUUGCAUCAACUACGAGGCCUUCCUGAAACACAUCCUAAGCGUCUGAGCUCUGCGGGUGGGUGAGCCCUCCCACCCCUCCCACCCCUCCUGUCUUGAGAG